GUUUUGUAGUAGUUUUCUCUCAGACAGACACGUUAAAAGUGUGUCUGCACUAAAGAGUCAUUGAGUAAAAGUAAGCACAUGGAGGUGAUGGCGCGGUCAAAAAGGGAAAAAACCUGUCAGUAGCACAGAAUUUGUGGAAUCCGAUUACAAUGUCACCCACAAGGAGUGGAAGGCUGACUGAGAUAACAGGCAAGGGUGGGAACGAGUUAAGUGAGAAGCACAGAGUCACACCAGCUCCACUGGAGGUGAGUUUGACAAGACAAAAAAAUGCACCAACUGCGCCGUUCUCUCUCUGCUAUGACUUUAUAUUUAUGGUGCUGCGAAAGAAGGCUAAAUAAAACUAAGACAACGUAUGCAGUGUAGCCUUGAGGGACUUCCUCUUAGCAGUAUUCAUUGGAUGUCUUUCCGCUCAACUGUUUGGUUGAGAACAGCACCUCAUUGGACUGAUGGAUGAAAAGAAACCGGAGCAGUAAUUGAGACAUUUAAAGUUUUAUCAGCAAGGCUGCAGUCAUGCCAGGCUCUCAGGAGGCGAGUCUGGAUGAGAACGCUGUGAUCCUGCCGGUAAAGCCGUCUUCCCCGGAGUUCCUCUACUCUGAGCGAGAGCGCCAGUCGGUGGAGAAACUCUUGUGCGAAGGUCCCAAAGCUUUCUACAACUCCGUCGGCGCAGGGCUCUUUGGCUCCUUCUUGUCUCCUGAUGAAGUGGGCGAGAUAACAAGCUGGGUUAAGGACUUUCAUUUUACUCCCCUGCAAAAGAAGGAGAACGGUGGGACUGCUGACCCGCAUGAAGAGGACCUUACAUCCUCCUACUUCCCAUCCUACUCGGACGCGCCGGUUCCAGGUUUGGAGCUGGGCUGGCCCGAGGCGCCUUGGGUCCGCAUGGAAAAUGUGUCAGUCUACACAAACCCCCCUGCCGAGGGAGGACCUCCCAUCAGAGAGGUCAUCCGGCGACAUCUGCAGAAGGCCAGCCAAGUACUUGGCAUUGUGACAGACCGGCUGACAGACAGCACCAUAAUUGGGGAUUUACAUGGUGCAGCCUCCAGGGGUGUCCCAGUUUACAUCAUUCUGAACCAAAGGACUAGUGAGGAGAAGUACACAUUCCAAAGGCUGGGACAUCCGAACAUUCGAGUUCGUCUUCUUGGAGGUAAAAGCUUCUGUUCAAGGAAGGGGAAGAUGAUGGUUGGGGAGUUGAAAGACAAAUUUAUACUGGUGGAUUUGGUGACAGUCAUUCAUGGCAAUUACAGCCUCACAUGGACUGAUGCUCACUUACACAGGCACAUAAUCUCUGUGAUCAACGGCUCAGCUGUUGACAGCUUCGACAAAGAGUUUCGGAUGCUGUUUGCUGCAUCGGCCCCAGUUCCUAACCUGUGGGAGUACGCUGUUCCCCAUGUAGACAUGACUAAGGCGCGAAACGAUUUCACCGACCCAAGCCCCCCAAGACACUUCCACAUCAAACAUGAGAUCCUCAACCCUCCUUCUCCACCGAUGGACACCAACCUGGAUUGGGAAGCCAUGGGCGUCAUCCCCAGAGGCACCUACCCAGAUAGUCUUGAAGAGGGGGGAAUUGUCGCGAGUGAAACAGCCUUUCAGACUAAUAUGGGGUUUCAAAAACAGGCACCUGCUUUGGAUACUUUUACUCAGAAUGGUUAUGAGACAAUAACCACGAGAAGGUUACAGAACAGCUUUCCAAAGACAAACAAUAUGCUUGAUAACGCAAAGAAAUCCAACUAUGCUGACCAUCAGGAAGACCAGGCCACAACAUCCAACCAUUUUUUCAAAGGGAGGGGAAACAACACGGAAGACCGACAAUAUUCAGCAUGGCGCGACAAAAAAGACAGCAAUUUAAAACAGAACCCGCUUUUUUCCUCAGCGAGGGAAACACGGCGUGUAAAGCCUGAUCCCAACCUGGAUGACAUCAGCACCACCAUAGAAAACAAAGCUGCCUCAAGAAAGCCCUUAAUCUUGAAGGUGCCGCAGUCGGAGAGCUUUAGCUCACUAAGUGACCUAAUGAAACGAUUCACGACAAAACAAAACAAGGUGGAUCUGUUCAGCAGAGGCUCCAGGAACAGCAUGACAGACAUCACGCAGUCCAUGAUGGACCUCCGCGAGGAUGCACCCGACGCAGGGCGAGCUCCUGAUGAGAGGAGAUUCUCGAUGUCAAGAAUCAAUGACAAAAGUUAUGACCAAGACCAAAUGACACCGGGUUUAAUCCUGAUGAAGAGGAGGAAUGACGUAGUAAGUUCGGCCCUGCAAAGAAUUCCGAAGACCUUUCUGCCCGGAGAUCGACUUCGCAGUUCUGGCCUUGAUUUGAACUGGAAGCCUCUAAAGGAAAGCAAAGAAGAGGGAGACAAAUGACCCAUCACAUAGAAUUACAAAGAUCUAUCUCUCUUGAAGGAAACUGGAAAACCUCUGUUACCUCGGUAGUAUUAAACAUGCAAAUCAAACAAAAAAAGCCUGACUCGAAUCCCAAAAAUGUAAGGAGUUCAUUUUUCAUCCAUUAACGCUUAUGCACUCAACAUGCCUGCCUCACUGUUGAGAGGUUUGGGCUGUGAAUUUCAGCUUUGGCUUUCAUUUUUUAGAGUUUUUACAUUCUCCCUGAUCUCACAUCAGUUUUCUGCUAGUAGUCCACCUUCCUUCCACAUUCCCCAAAGAUAUGCUGUUAGGUUAACUGAAGUUUCUAGGUCGUGAGUAACCCCAGCUACAAAUAAAAAAAUGUAUAUUUAUUACCUUCUUUUAACUAUUUUAAGUUUGUGUCUUGUGCACAAGUUCCUGUGAAAUAAGAUGUACUUAACAUACUAUAGAAAAGUGGUCUAUGAAUGUAGUUUAUGGCCGAGCUGUAUAAGUUUUGUCAUACAUGUUCACUAAAGACUAUACAUUGUACUUUGUUGUAUGUUUAAAUGUGUUGGGUUAAAUUGGAAGCCCACAGUAAUUGAAAAAUAAAUGUUUAUUAGACUAUUACAUUAAUGCUCCCCUCAGAAAAGUCAAGCAGAUGUCAGUCAAUCAUGCAAAGCGCACAGAAAGGUUGGGCUGAGAUUCAAACUGAGUGAUCUGAACUGGGAGUGAAUGAGUGGGAGUCUGAGCUUGCCAGAUGCGACAGUUGCCAAUCCUGUCUGCUAUACUGUUUCAUAGGUCUUUCAAUUGCAUACAGUACGUAUUUUCCUUAUUUGGAAAGGCUAGAGUUGAUUUUUAAUCCUCAAACCCCAGGUCUUAGAGGCAGAACACUCCUCCACUGUGCAGUAUGUUAGUAAUGUUUUAAUCAUACUUGUCACAAAUGACAGGGAGAGAAAUGCUCGCUGUCUGAGCAUUGCACAUGCAACAGCGUUGACAAUCCUGUCUUACUUUUUUUUUUUUUUUUUUUUUUUUACAGUCUAUGCUUCUGACAUAAGGGUUACGUCAGACACAUAGAAUCUAAAACUUCAGAAAUGUGAGGCGGACGUGUUCACCACUCCAUCACGAUGUUGUAUGCUAGAAAUGUUAAAGGCAAAUAUACUUCAUGCCACUCACAAAUGAGUGUCAGAACCCAUCAGGAAUGUACUGUAUUUCCCUCAUUUGGUAAAACACUUCACUAAAGGGCUUUUUUGGUGAACUAAAUUUUAGUUCAACAAUAGCAUACUGCACGAAUGCUAUUUUUAGACCACAAGGCUGCGUGACGUCACCAUCGCAAACCGGAAGAGGGUCAACAUAGAAGUAUGCUCGCAUACAACCAAUGCUACUACUGCUUGUUUUCUGCCGGUAAUCUUUCAAAAAAGAACAUGCCGAUUAAACACUGCUGCUAUGGAACUUGUAGAAACAACUCUAGACAUUACGACCAUCCACAUAUGAAGGAUGUUUUCUUCAUACGUUUCCUGAAGCCAAAAACUCAGGGAAAAAAAUGUGAACAAUGGAUCAAUUUGUGCGGAUGUCCAAAAGAACAGUUUAAUGCCAGCAAGGUGAAGCCAUUCACCUUCAUAUGCAGUAAAUAUUUUGUUGGGGGCCAUGGUCCUACAGAUCAACAAUCCUGCCCCGAAGAAGUAAGCCAUUUUGAUAUUUUUUUUAGUGUGGUGUUUUGCCGUGCUGCU